AUGUCCGGUGAGAUUUUGCAAAAUUCAGUAGUAGAGCAUAGUGAUGCUGUGCAAGUAGACAUACAGUGCCAAGUACCAACCACUGUGGUUGAAGCAAUUCUGUACGCUUUUUGGUGGGGAAGUGGACUGUGGACCCAGUACUGUGUCAUAGGAGCAUAG